UCUCCUUUCUCUCAGUUCAUCGAAAGUAGGCCAAAGCGAAGAAGCGAAACCGUCACCGACUCAAGUUGGCAUUCCUUAUUCAGAUUCCCUCGCUCUCUCUCACACACACACACCUACAUACACAGAUAUAUAUAUCUGAGACACCUACAUACACAGAUAUAUAUAUCUGAGACACCUCCAUACACACACGCUCGACCAGUGCGUGAUUGAAACCAGUCGGUAAGCGAAGGAGGGCAGCAAAGGCGACCAGCCCCGCUCUCUACAUACAUUAAUUGGACGUUAAUUGACUUGCGUAUAUAUAUAUACACUGGUAUAGAGAUCGUUUAGCGGCGAGUGGAAACCUUCAGCCCCAGUUUUACGUCCAACCGAAGAAAGAAAAGGAAGGGGAAAUCGAGAGGAAUAAGGAAACCUUCGUCGUCGCCAACAAAAUCCGUCCGUCGCCUCCUAAUCUCUCGUUUCGGUCUCCGUCUGCGAUUCAAAUCUUAUCUCCUCAAGCAAAAUGGGAAAUAUUCACACAGCCGGACCGGACGAAGCUCUCGUCAUCUCUGGUGGAUGUUGGGGUCCAGAGAGCAAGAAAACCAUUGUUGGAAACUGGGGCUGGGCCUGGUGGCUCGUUACCGAUGUCCAAUGUAUUUCGCUGGAAGUCAUGACAUUGAACCCUGUAUGUGAAAGUGUGGAAACCCUAGAAGGUGUCCCGAUUACGGUGACCGGGGUUGCACAAUGCAAGAUUAUGAAAGAGAAGGACCUGUUAAAUCGGGCUUGUGAGCAAUUCCUUGGCAAAUCCAUCGACCACAUUGAAAGGGUUGUUUUACAGACAUUGGAAGGCCAUUUACGAGCUAUUCUUGGUAAGAACAUUUUUUCAAUAUCUCUUCUCUAUCUUGUUGUCUAUCUGCAGGAAGCAGAAUGUGAAAAAGUUGGAAUGGAUGCUAAAUAUGCUGCUGAUGCUAAAGUUGCCGAUGCAUCAAGAUUGUUCCAGAUGCAGAAGGCUGCUUUUGACAUGGAAGUGAACACAAAGAAAGCCGAGGCAGAGCUGGCGUAUGAACUUCAAGGUGCCAAAGAGAAACAGAAGAUCAGAACUGAAGAGAUUGAGAUUGAUGUUGUCGAGCGUCGUAAACAGAUCGAUGUGGAGGAGAAGGAGGUGAUCAGGAAGGAGAAGGAACUGAUUGGUACCGUGAAACGCCCUGCCGAAGCUCAAGCUUUCAAAGUUGAAAUGCUAGCUGAAGGUCAAAGGACACAGACAAUGAUGGCUGCCGAAGCUGAAGCACAAAGGAUAAAACUAAUUGGAGAAGCUGAAGCUAAAGCUAUUGAGGCAGUUGGUAACUCACAGGCAGAAGAGAUGGUGUUGAAGUCGGAAGCAUUCAAGCUGUAUAGCAAGGCUGCUAUAUUGAACCUGAUGUUGGAGACACUUCCAAAGGUUGCAGCCGAAGUGUCAGCUCCACUGUCGAAGACUGAAGAAAUUGUCCUGUUGGGUGAUGACAAGGCGUCGGGAGAGGUGUCACGUCUUAUCAGCCAGCUGCCACCUGCAGUCAGUGCUCUGACUGGUGUCGAUAUAUCUAAGAAAUUCGGACUUUUAUCAGACCGAAUUCCGCUUCUUGCUCAAAAGUCUUAACAUUGUGUUGUAAACGGUCUUUUGACCCUGUAGCCAGGUGGUAAGUUUG